UGUGUGGGGAGUCCUCUUGGAUUAUUAGUUCUACUUUUUGGUACAUGGAGACUAUACAGAUUCAUAAAGAAAAGAAAAGAAAUUAAAUGCAAGAAAGCAUUUUUCAAACGAAAUGGUGGCCUUUUGUUGGAACAACAGAUACACUCAAGUGAAAACAAUGUCGAGCAAACCAAGUUAUUCAAUUCAAAAGAGUUAGAGAAGGCAACUGAUAAUUUCAAUAUAGACAGAGUUCUUGGGCAAGGAGGCCAAGGCACUGUAUACAAAGGAAUGUUGGAAGAUGGAAAGAUUGUUGCUGUAAAGAAGUCUAAAGUAAUUGAUGAAGCCAAACUCUCUGAAUUCAUCAAUGAGGUUAUCAUUCUAACACAAAUCAAUCAUAGAAAUGUUGUCAGGCUAUUGGGAUGUUGUCUGGAGACAGAUGUUCCACUUCUAGUUUAUGAAUUCGUCCCAAACAGAACACUUUCUGAGUAUAUUCAUGACAGAAGCGCAGAGUUUCCUUUCACAUGGAACAUGAGAUUACGAAUUGCCACUGAAGUUGCAGGAGCUCUUUCAUACUUACACUCAGCAGCUUCAUUUCCAAUUUAUCAUCGAGAUAUCAAGUCUACGAACAUACUCCUUGAUGAAAAAUUGAGGGCAAAAGUUGCAGGCUUUGGUACAUCAAGAACUAUCUCCUUAGAGCAAACUCACCUGACCACUUUAGUUUAUGGCACAUUUGGCUAUCUAGAUCCAGAUGACUUUCAAUCUAGCCAAUUCACAGAUAAGAGUGAUGUUUAUAGUUUUAGAGUGGUUCUUGUCGAGCUCUUGACCGGACAAAAAGCAAUAUCUGCAACAAGGUCAGAGGAGGAAGGAAGAAGUUUGGCAACAUAUUUCAUGAUGACGAUGGAGGGAAAGAGUAGUAGUCGUUUGUUUGACAUUCUUGAUGGUCAAGUUCUCAAAGAAGCGCCGAAAGAAGAGAUCUUAAUUGUUGCUGAUCUUGCAAAGAGAUGCUUGCAUUUGAGUGGAAGGAAUCGACCUACCAUGAAAGAAGUAGCAAAGGUGCUAGAGAGGAGGAUUCAAGACAUUGAUAAUAAAGAUUCUAAGGGUAGUCAACAACAUAAUUAUGAUUAUGAUGAAGAGCUAGCAUAUGCACCACCUGAAGUUAUAGACUACUCUUGGAAUGCUUCCACAUCGUCAAGUUUUGAUAGUAAUGAUACUAGCUCCUCAUUGCAUCAAUUGUUACCAUUGUUGGAAUCUUCCGGGUCCGGUUACUCGCCGCUGAACGACCCGACUCUGAACUGGAGCAACAGCCCGCCUAAGGAGACUAUUCUUCUAGAUGACUAUGACUACAGUCACUGGCUUAUAGUAAUGGAGUUAGCCAAUGACCCCAAACCACCUGGGGAUGAAAUGGUCAAUUCUUAUGUCAAAACCCUUGCCACUGUUCUUGGGAGGUACUGA